AUGGCCACCUUCACAGGCAAAAAUAUUGUUGUCACUGGAUCAGCAUCGGGAAUUGGUCUUGCCAUUACGCUGACUCUUGCAGAGCGAGGCGCGAUAGUUUGGACAGUAGAUCUCUCCCAAACCCCCCCCGACGAGCUGAAACCAUGGAUCGAGAAAGGCAAAGUGCACUUCGAAGGCGGCAUCGACGUUGGUGACCGAACUACAUGUAGGGCAUACAUGGACAAGGUCGUUUUCACAGCUGGCAGACUAGACGGUCUGGUAAACAAUGCUGGAAUCGGCCUAGCUGAAGGGCCAAUUGCUUCCGACGAAGCAUAUGAUCGCAUGAUCUACGUCAAUAUCGGCGGAGUGUGGAAUUACGGUACCGCUGCACUCCGUGCUAUGCAAAAGCAAGAACCAAGAGGCGAAUGGGGCUCACGAGGCGGCAUCGUCAAUAUUGCCAGUGGCGCUGGCCUGAGGGGAGUGAGUGGCCUCGCUGUGUACUGUGCUACAAAACAUGCGGUGAUCGGACUAUCGCGCGCCUGGCAGGAGGACUUUGGAAAGUACGGCAUUCGGACGAACUCUGUUGCUCCAGGUGCUACGGCGACUGCUGCCUUUGUCAAACGUGCCGAAGAAGAGAAAGGCUUCCUCGAUACGUUACCUAGCAAUCCUCUUGGAAGGGUCGCCAAACCUUCUGAGAUCGCUUCAGCCGUUGCUUUUCUCCUCUCAGACGAAGCCAGCUAUGUCGCGGGGGAAGUACUCUCCGUUACUGGAGGUCACGCAUGA